GCCAGGGGUGCGCGGCUGCUGCUCGCGCCCGACUCUGGCCCCGCGCCGCAGACGGGCCCCACCCCCUUGGGGGCUGGCUGGGAAGGGGCUUGGCAGCGCCGGUGCAGCGGCAAUAGGCGCUCGGAAAGCCGGGAGGCUGCAGCUAGCGGCAGCUCCCGGUGGAAAGGAAGGCCAGAGGUCUCCAUAAAAUCUAAACUUCAUGUUGCCCUGGACAACUAAUUACCUGGCAAGGAAUGAAUCCAAGAACUGUCCAACCAGUAUAAAGCAGCCAAAACUUCAUGUGAUAGCACCUGCACCAGUGUAAACAGCCUGUCAAUUCUUAUCCACUCUCCAUUUUACUUUGCAUUGGGGAGGCCCACCUGGGAACAGCAAAGCAAAUAGAAGUAACCUCUAUGGAAUGACAGCCAUAAAGGAGCCAUUGGCUGGAAAACAUGCUUUUCUUGUGAACAAUUUGGGCUCUAGUACUAAGAAGACCUGGGGCAUCCGCAGGAAACAGUCCUGGAGAUACACUGCACAACUAUUUUAGAUUUCCCUGUUCAGUAAUAGUCAGCAUGCUAUUAUUCUCUCACAUGUUGGCUGUAGCUUCUCUUCAGAUCUUCAUCCUCUCAGGGAAUUGGGCGCUAGCCAAGAACAUCAACUUCUAUAAUGUGAGACCUCCAUUAGACCCCACUCCAUUUCCAAACAGCUUUAAGUGUUUCACCUGUGCAAAUGCAGUUGACAAUUACAACUGUAACAGAUGGGCUGAAGAUAAAUGGUGUCCUGAAAAUACAAAGUACUGCUUGACAGUUCAUCAUUUCACAAGCCAUGGAAGGAGUACAUCUGUGACCAAAAAAUGUGCUACCAAGGAUGAAUGCCAUUUUGUUGGCUGUCACCCCCACAGAGAGACAGGCCAUACAGAAUGCGUUUCUUGCUGUGAAGGGAUGAUCUGCAAUGUAGAAAUACCAACCAAUCAAACAAAUGCAGUGUUUUCAGUAAUGCAUGCUCAGAGGAAAUCAGAUGGCAGCAGGACGACAAUUAGCAUUCUGGUACUUGCAUCAGUCAUAACAAUUAUGUUGUUAUGAUGCAGCUUUCCAUGUGCCAAAUGUCAUUCAGAGGGAUAAACUUUAUGGGCUCUAACAUGACGCUAUAAGAAGAAUGUUUCAGUUUGAACAAAGUCUCCGUCCUCCUUCAGAUUAUAGAAGAUGGUAGGAAAACAUGGACAUGCACAUCAUGAAAUUUGUUGAUCAUUUACUGAAAAUUCUUUCAAAGAGUCUGAAGUAUUUAAAAAAAAAAAAACUGCUGACCAGACACUGCAGUAGACUUUAACCAGUUAUCUGAAUUCUUCAUUUGGUGGUGGAAGCGUGUAUACACUCUGCACAUUACUUGAACAAGGAAACUGAUUGUCUGUAGGCAGUCAAUUGACCAGGUGAGAUAAAGAGGUACUUCUAGAUGCAAAAGCUGUGCCAAGCUUAUCUCAAGAGAAGCCACUUUUUUUCAUAACUUUGUGUGUUGACUUGUUGUGUUGAGUCUCUUGUCUGCCUUAUUGAUGAGAAAAUGUUACGUUUAAGUUCAUCCUUAACAUGGUGUUCAUGGAGAACUGUACAUUUUCCAACAAGGUGUCUAAGAAAUAGACAAAAGUGCCUUUUUAAAUUCAGUUUUGGUCAGAACUUUCAUGUCCUAUGGAAAAACUGAAAAAUAUUUGUAAAAUUUUUUUUUGUCUCUCCUACUACAACAUUGUGACACCUCCUCAGAUUAUACAAUGAUGAAUUUUCACACACACACACACACAAAAUCCUAACAAAAGAUGCCCAACUGCUUAGGUUCCUAUAGGUCUCUAUUUAGGCAUGUAACUAAAAGCGGUCUGAUUUUCAAGAGUGCUGAAUACCUGUAUCUCUUUGAUAGGAUUUGUGGGUGAUCAGUUCUUCCAGAUUCUUCCAGUGGUUCUUCUCACCACUUUUAUUUAGGAGUCUAACGUUAGGCACCCAGCUUUGAAAAGUAUGGCCUAAGUUUCUAAAAAUAAUGUUGCCAGUCUUACCUUUGUUUUCAUAGCUGUAGUAGAUUUUUUUUUUUAAAGCCUGGUUUAUUGCAUAUUUUGACUAAUGUCGCACAUCUGACCAGUUGGAAAAAUUAGAAAUGGUAGAAUUUAGGUUACUGUUGCACGUUACAAAAAAAUCUGUUUUUCUUUGUAGGCCUUGCAAUGAACAAUGUGUGUGUCAUAUUUAUGUGUAUUCUCAUCCCUCUGGUUCAAGGGCUGGAUACUUUCAGAUUCACUGUCUCUUUCACAUGAAGAAGUCAAUCCUGAAGACUGAUAGAAAUUGAUUUCACUUAUUUUCAGUCAGUAUUCGGUCUGAUUUGCAACAUACGCCAAUGUUGAUUAUUUUUGUUGUUAAUAUUUUGGCUCAGAUUCUCUGUGCUUGAAAACUCCCUCAUCCUGUGGACCAGCAUUUGUCAGCCUGGUCCUGAGCACAACCUCAAGCCUCAAGGCUCCCAGCAGUCUCUGGGACCUGGGCUGAUGGUUAUGGAUGGAGGGAAGUUUCAGCCAUGCCUCCUUUUUUGCCCAAGCCUGCACCCAGAGCCUUCACUUACUGGAUCCACCAUCCCCUUUGCACUGCAACAUGGUCAUGAGUCUGACCCAUACAGUUGGAACAGGGCACUGUAUUGCAUUUUUUGUUUCAGAAUUUUUUUUUGGUACUUUAUUUGUGAAUUCACCACUAACAAGUUAGACUCUUUGGAUUUCUCGUCAUCUUAGUUUUCAACAAAGCUUUCUGUUUAAUCAGAAUUGGUUGAAAAAUUCAGGGGAGGCGGGAAGUUGUGAAAAUUUUGUCCAAAUAUUUUUGUGGGAUUUUUAAUUGAAAUUUUCAGUGCAACAUAAAGAUUUCAUCAAAAAUUGAAUCUCUGAAAAUUUUGACCAACUCUGUAGUUUCAGCCUGUGUGUGUCAAAUCUUUUGUAUUUCUCUCUAAGUUGUUUAAGUACACUUAGCUAUUUUAAUUUUAAUUGGCAAUUGGAAAACCUCCUUCGCUGAUGUUUUCAAAAUUGAUGAUGGUCUACACCAACAAAUAUCCAGAGAAGUUCUUAGAAUGGUGACCCUUUUUCUUGUAUGCAAAUAUGUGACAUGUCUAAAAUCUAUCUCCAUGAUCUGAUGAAGAGGUACUUACAAAAAAUAAUUUAGAGUUGCAAAAAGUUACAGAUGGAAAAGAUCAUUCACUCCCUUUGCUUGCCAAUGCAGGGUUCUUUCCUGCCAUCUAAAUCUAAAUAUUUCAAGCAAUGGAUUUUUGAAAUCAUCUUAUGGAAGACUGACUAUUCCAAAGCCUAAUAGAUCAAGCUAUAAGGAAGAAUUUCCUAGUAUUAAGCAAAAUGUUUCUUUCUUUAAAUGUAAUGUCUUUAAUGCUUCUUUAAUUGUUAUAUCAGUCUAGCAGGUAAUGACAGCUAUAGCUGAGAUCACAGAACACUUUCCAUUGUUAGUUCCUGGUUUUAGGUUUCUGAAACAUUCUCUUUUGGGCUGACGUUUUCGGGACUUGGUUCUCUGCCCGAAGUGAAUUCUUCAGAAAACCAUUGAAAAGAUUUUGCUUUAAUUUGAUUGAACUAUGAAAGCAUGUAAGAAUACAUUUUCCUGACUUCUGCCUCUUAACCUGCACACUCCCACCACUGGCCAGCCCUCCAGGUGCUCCCUCAAAUUCUAUUCCUUGGAAUGAUUUGUGCAGUUGAAAAUGACAAUAUAAGGCUUAACAAGGCUUGUGGCCUUAGAUGAGAUUACUGUAAAUAGUUUAAGAAGUUCUAAAACUUUAGAUUUGUUUAUUCUGCAAAUAAGAUUCCAAACUACACAAUUUGGGAGCAGAGCUAGGAUCUUGAAGUACUGGCCAGAAGGUUGGCCAUGCUUAUGCUACUUUAAGAUUUUCUUGAAGUGAUAAGAUUAUCUCCUGUGCAUGCAGAGGUGAGAAAUGCAAUUGACAAUAAUAAGAGACAGUAGUUCCUCACUGGCAGUCUGGUGCUUGUUAAAUCUGCACAUGUGCAGGCUGCUAAUGACAUUGAUAGGCUCUAGUUGGCCUUGGUUAAUUGGUGCCUGCUAGUUAUAACACUGUUUUUUUCUUUUUAAGAAACCCUAGGAAAUAAAUGCAAAAAAUGGUCAAUUCAACAUGAAGGCUGCAAUUAAGCACUCGGAUCAGGGCAUGUGAAAGCUAAGAUUGACUGUGCAUCAUUGCCUCGCUUAACGUUGUAGUUAUGUUCCUGAAAAAUGCGACUUUAAGCGAAACAAUGUUAAGCGAAUCCAGUUUCCCCAUACGAAUUAAUGUAUAUAGGAGGGGUUAGGUUCCAGGGAAAUUUUUUUCACCAGACAAAAAACUAUACAUUAUAUAGAUAUACACACAGUAUAUGUUUUAAACAAACAAUUUAAUACUGUUCACAGCUAUGAUGAUUGUGAAGCUUGGUUGAGGUGGUGAAGUUAGAGGGUGGAAGGAGGAGGGAUAUAUCCCAGGGAAUGCCUUGCUGCUAAAUGAUGAACUGGUACUCGGCUGAGCCCUCAAGGGUUAACACAGUGUUAAUGUAGCCUCUCAUCAAGGCAGCAUGAACAGGAGGGAGGGGAGACAGCAUAGCAGACAGAGACAGACACACACACCUUGUGUGUGGGAGAGAGAGAGAGAGAGAGAGAGAUGCACACUGCCCCUUUAAGUAAGCUGACCCACUCUUAAGUGCAUUGUCUUUUUAAGUGGAUCAGGAAGUUGAGGCAGCAUCUCCUGUCCCAAGCUCUCUCUGUCUCUCUCCGUCCGUGUGCCCAUCCUGCUCUAUUUGGAGAAGGGGUAAGCGAGGUGCAGGAGCAGGGGGGAGGGGGAAACCCUGACAUUAGCCCCCGCCUCCCAGCAAGCAGGAGUCUCUGGGAGCAGCUCCAAGGCAGAGGGCAGGAGCAGCACAUGGCAGUGGGGGGAGGGACAGCUGAACUGUCAAUUGAUAGCCUGAUGGGCGGCUGCAGCACCAGAAACUUAGAGGAGUGGGGAGCUGAUAGGGGGGCUGCUGGUCCACCUUGGUUCCAAGCCCCCACCAGCUAGCUGCAAUGGGCUGCUCUUCCUGCAAGCAGUGGACAAAGCAGGCGUCUGCCAAACAUUAGAAGGGAGCAUUGCACAACUUUAAACAAGCAUGUUCCCUAAUUGAUCAGCAACGUAACAAUGAAACAACUUUAGCCGGGACGACUUUAAGUGAGGAGUUAUUGUAAAACCUCUAUAUUUGUGAUUGUCCAAGAUAAAAUACAUACUUGUGAAUUUAAAUUCAUAGAAAAAGAUUGUAUUCUAGUGUUCUAUUAUUAGAGAAAUAGGAUGUGAUUACAUAAUUUAAGACUGCAUCACAGUGGGAUACAGCGGUUUCAUAUUAAACCUUAGCUUUCACAUUUUUGACUUUAUAAGGCUUGCAUGUGCAAUCAUGUUAUAUUAAUGUAGCAUUUUUGUAUUUAAGAAAUAGGUUAAAAUAUGGCCUACAUUCUGCCCUCAGUUAUCAAUAUGCAAAUCCUAUUAAUUUCAGUGGGAGCAUCUGGGGGCACCAUUUGACUCUAGGAGUAUGAUUUUCAGUAGCUAGGCAUUGCAUGUACUUACACACAUGCAUUUUCUCCUACCAAACAGACAUUAAGUGUGGUUGCAUUGUCAUCAGUGAUGGGCUAAAUGUCUUUGGAUGCAGCAAGCAAUCAUUAAAAUCAAUGAGCACUAUAUUCAAGUGUAUCCCAGGACAGAACAAUUCCUUUGUAUUAUGCUUUGAAAUAAAAUUAAAUAUAUGGUGUGAAAUCCAAUCCAUGGAGUUAUACCAAGGUUGAACUGCUAUGACGAUUAAGCUAUCAUGACCACAAAAUGUUUAUUCCAAGCUUAUAACGAAUAGGACCCAAAAAGGGUAUUGCUCUUGUCUUUGAAGUAAUUUGUACAGUUAAGUGGUAAACAGCUUUGUUUAAAUAUUGCAUUUUUACAUUGUACUAGGCACAGUCUAGAGUUGAUUGUUUUUCCAAAGUUUGAAUGUAUUUGUAACAAAACAUCUUCACUAUUCAAUGUUUGUGUCUGUAUCAGUGUUUCUUAUCUCUGUUCCUGUUUUAAGCGUCCUUUGAAAAACUGGCACUUUUGAUUAAAGGUAUUAAAAUAUUA